CGACCCGGGCGCAGCGGCCGCGAAACUGGGCGAACGGUAACGCGGUGGCGGAGGUGGCGGCGCGGCACGGGGCGGGGCGGGCGGAAAGAGGAAGAAGGAGCUAGUGGUGCACGAUGGCGGCGACGACCUACGAGCGGCUGAAGCUGCACGUCACACCUGAAAAAUUUUAUGUGGAAGCCUGUGAUGACGGAGCGGACGACGUACUUGUCAUUGACCGUGUGUCCACGGAAGUUACCCUGUCAGUCAAGAAAGAUGUUCCUCCUUCAGCUGUUACGAGACCAAUAUUCGGUAUACUGGGCACAAUCCAUCUGGUGGCAGGUAACUAUCUAAUCGUUAUUACCAAAAAGACAAAAAUAGGGGAAUUUUUCAAUCAUAUCAUCUGGAAAGCAACAGAUUUUGACAUCCUUUCUUAUAAGAAGACGAUGUUGCACUUAACUGAUAUUCAGUUACAAGAUAAUAAAACUUUCCUAGCGAUGAUAAACCACGUCCUGAAUGUGGAUGGGUUUUACUUCUCAACGACGUAUGAUUUGACCCAUACUUUGCAGCGGCUGUCUAACACUAGUCCGGAAUUCCAAGAAAUGAGUCUUUUGGAAAGGGCAGAUCAGCGGUUUGUAUGGAAUGGUCAUCUUCUAAGAGAACUUUCUGCCCAGCCAGAGGUCCAUCGGUUCGCGCUUCCAGUGUUGCACGGCUUUAUUACUAUGCACUCGUGUUCUAUUAAUGGAAAAUACUUUGACUGGAUUCUCAUCUCGAGGAGGAGUUGUUUCAGAGCCGGUGUGCGCUAUUACGUAAGAGGAAUUGAUUCUGAAGGCCACGCCGCUAACUUUGUAGAAACAGAACAAAUUGUGCACUACAACGGGAGCAGGGCCUCAUUUGUACAGACUCGUGGAUCAAUACCCGUUUUCUGGUCUCAAAGACCAAACCUCAAGUACAAACCACGGCCGCUAAUCAACAAAGUAGCAAAUCACAUGGAUGGUUUCCAAAGGCAUUUUGAUUCACAAGUAAUUAUUUAUGGAAAACAAGUAAUAAUCAAUCUGGUGAAUCAGAAGGGCUCAGAAAAACCACUUGAACAGGCGUUUGCAACAAUGGUGUCUUCCUUGGGCAGUGGAAUGAUCAGAUACGUUGCCUUUGACUUCCAUAAAGAAUGUAAAAAUAUGAGAUGGGAUCGACUAAGUAUUCUCGUGGAUCAGGUAGCAGAAAUUCAAGAUGAACUAAGUUAUUUUCUAGUGGACGCGGCCGGCAUGGUGGUGACGAGCCAGGAGGGCGUGUUCCGCAGCAACUGCAUGGACUGUCUGGAUAGAACCAAUGUGAUCCAGAGCCUUCUGGCGCGCCGCUCGCUGCAGGCCCAGCUCCAGAGACUAGGAGUUCUGCAUGUGGGACAGAAGCUUGAAGAACAAAAUGAAUUUGAGAAGAUUUACAAAAACGCCUGGGCUGACAACGCAAAUGCUUGUGCCAAGCAGUAUGCGGGCACCGGUGCCUUGAAGACGGACUUCACCAGAACCGGGAAGAGAACCCAGCUGGGACUUCUGAUGGACGGCUGGAACUCCCUGAUACGGUAUUACAAGAACAACUUCUCGGACGGCUUUAGGCAGGAUUCUAUAGACUUAUUUCUUGGGAACUACUCAGUGGAUGAAUUAGAAUCUCACAGUCCUUUAAGUGUUCCACGGGAUUUGAAAUUCCUGGCUUUGCCUAUUAUCAUGGUUGUUGCCUUCUCCAUGUGCAUUAUCUGUUUGCUGAUGGCCGGUGACACUUGGACAGAAACACUAGCCUACGUGCUCUUCUGGGGAGUUGCAAGCAUUGGAACAUUUUUCAUUAUUCUUUAUAACGGCAAGGAUUUUGUCGAUGCUCCCAGAUUGGUCCAGAAAGAAAAGAUGGACUGAAUUUGUGUCUGUGGAAAGCGGCUUGGCUUGGAAGAUUCCAUUAUGCAGAACUGGAGUCUUUACUGACCCGCUUUCCACGUGGGCCCAAGGUCUUUCGAAAGCCUUUCUCCAGAAGCCUGCCCUGUGCUCUGUUUGAGGGGAGGACCUACAAUCAGCCCAAAGUUCCUGCCUUGACCAUCUCUUCACUACUGGGACAGCUCUAGUUAUAAUUGGAAGCUCUUCUGUAAUUAAAAGGUAACCUGAAUCCAGCUCCUGGAGCGGAAGGAAUCUGUUCUUUGUCGAUUUAAUCAACUCUUGCAGAAUAAGUAAUAUAUUUAAGAGAUCUAGCUUCUUUCCGUAUUUAAAAUGGUAAAAUUAUUUUUCUAGCUCAGUUUUCCUUAUUGUCACCGUAAAGGCAGUUCCUGAUCGCAAGCAGACUUCCCCACACAUCUUUGAACUUAAAAGGUGAAUAAUGAGCUAAUGCACCUCUGUUCACGCAGCGUGAGUCUCUCGCAGACGUCAGGUAGUUAGCCGGGGAAGCCCGUGACCUCCUGGUCAGGCGGAGGGGAGCCGGGCCUGGCGCUCCAGUGGCGUUUCGGUUGGGCCGCUCUGUGAGUCCAGCUUGAACUGGAGUGUAAAGAAGAGGAAGUUCCGAUAGACUUUAUCUUUUUUAAAAGGUGUAAAUGAAAUCAAAGAAUGUAAAGUCUGUGUCUUACGCUAAAGGUCCAAAGCCACCUCUGUUUUAAGGAUUUACCCCAACGUGGAGAAGCCCCUCGGUGGGCCACCUCCUCCCUACCGGCUGUGUUGCUCCCCCCGGGCCCGUUCAUCGAGCUGAGUGAGCCUCGGGGAGACUCUUGGUGGGACGUGGUGUCGCACUUGGAGGCAGCAGCCGCUUUCCACGCAUGGCACCAUCAGCCCUUCUCACUCUGGAAAGGUUUGUGUCAAUAAGUGUGUCUGAAAUUUCGUGCUUCCACAUAGUUGGAGUUCUCCAAAUCAAGGACCAACUUCAAUGUUAAUUUAUGUGCAAAAACAAGCCUGAAAAAUACGCUUUAGAAGCUGCGCGUAGUUCUGAUUCUAAGUUGGACUGUAUAUUCAAACUGUAAUUAUGAGGUUUAAAUAUUAGAAAAGUGUGUAGGGUAGUACUCUUGCCACUGUUUUAAAAUCGUUCGAUUAAAUCCUGCUACAAUAUUUGUGUUGUGCUUGAAAAUAUGUACAGUUUUUUUUCAAUAGUAAGGAAGACCUUGUGUGGUCCUUCAGUAUCUCUCAAAGCGCCUUUAUUUCAACAUGACUUUUUAUUUCCCAACAUUAUCUUUUAUAAACAUUAAUAAGAGUCAUUGCUUCUAGAAACUCUAAAGGAGGUAAUAGCUGGAAGCCCACUGUAGCUUAAAAUCAUUCAUGAAAACUCCCAGGAGGGUAAGUGAUCAGAGCUACCUAUUCUUAACAUGUAAAUAAGCAUAAUUUGUUCCAAAGAUGAAAUGUUUGAAACUUGGUUCAUGUCUACUGUAAUAUAGUAAGUCAAGUGCCCCUGGGCAUCUCCCAUGAAGAACUGACUUCCACAACCACAGCAAAGACCCACUGAGAGCCGCCCCGCUUGUGUGGCUCGUGUGGCUGCUCCACAGUGGGGGGACGAGGCCGGUGUGUCAGUGCCUAAAAGUGUCCGUAUCCAGAGCCCUGCCGUGAUUUUAUUUCUAAAUUCAUGUACUGUAAUCCUUAAGUGAAAAUAAAUGUCAUACUCUUUUCUAA